CUCCGAACACCGCGCGGCGUCUCUGAAUAAAAGGUGAACGAAUUCGCAUCAUCGGCGAAUUUUUACCAAUUUUUUGACUAAUCUAUCGUUACGGCCUUGACAAUAGGAUGUCCUCUUCGGGUGGGGAUCUCGUAUAAAAAGUUUUUCAUUAUCAGUUCCUUCAGAAAAGCUUCAGUUUCGUUCAGAAGAAUGAAGGUCCUGUUGGUUUCGGUAUUUGUGGCCUUUGCCACAGCUGAUGUCAGCCAUCUGCAAAGUCCGUUUUCCAGCUACGGUGUACCACAAGGUUCCGUUUUGGGCAAUUACGAUCAAAGCUUUUCAUUUGGUCGAUCCGGUUCUUCACUACCCUCUCAAAUAAAUUUGCCCGGCAGCAUUUCCUUUUCCUCCGUUGAACCUAGCUCUACCCAGCUUAAUGCGUCUGCAGUAGAUGUGUCUUUUGUUGGAGCUUCCCCACAAGUGACCGAAAACUCGAUCCAGUUCAGCAGUACGCCCACUCCUAGCGCUUCUUUCCAAAGCUACCAACAAGGACUUUCCGGAGAAUUUCCGAGCGGAAGUCAGUUUCAAUCCAAUCCUUCUGCUAAUGUCGAUCUUUCCAGUUUUCAAGUGUCAUCGCCAGCACCCAAUGCUGACCUAUCCAGUUUUCAAGUUUCUACUCCUUCCCCUGUAAGUUUUUAUAAUUCAGGCGUUGGUUCAGUUAACGCAGGGUCUUUCGACAGUAAUGUUCAGUUAAACCCCAGUUAUGGGUUUGGAAAUGCAGCUGGAGCUAGUUUAAAUUCUGGAUUCGGUUUGGAUGGAAGUCAAUUUGUCAGCCAAACUUCAGGAGGUAACAUCAAUGAGGCUUUCGGAAACUCCCCGGCUGUAUCAUCAUCAUCUGGAGCCAGCGGAUCAUCUUCUUCCAACGUUGUUUUUAGAACUUCUCUCAAACUCGACGAUGAACCUCCAUUAGCGCCUGAAGUCACCAAACACCUGUAUUUCUUCGAGGGCCCUGAAGAAGAGGAAGUGCAAACAAGAAUAAACAUUCCCCGUGUUGCCCCAAAGCAAAACCAACAAAUUAUCUUCGUCAAGGCUCCAAGUUACCGCACCAAGGCUACUAUUAACAUUCCAGCGCCACCACAAAAUGAAGAAAAAACCCACGUGUAUGUUUUAGUAAAGAAACCCGAGGAAGAAGCUUUAGUAAACGUCGAACAAGCCGAACCAAAGAAACCGACCAAACCAGAAGUGUUCUUUAUCAAAUACAAAACUCAAGAAGAAGCUGAAGAGGCUGUAGCGCAAAUUCAAAGUAAACACAGAGCUUCAAGUCCAUCCGGUUUUGGUACUAAAUCAAAUCAAGUUAAUGACGUUGCCUCGUUGCCUACAGUAAGCAGUCCCGUACCUUCAUCUGUGGUUCCUUCCGGAUCUUCUUCCUCAAACUUAGUUGGAUUGGUGGGUUUGAAUCAAGCCAGUAAUUCGCUUCCUUCCAGUUUUCCUCCUGUCAACUUUGACAGUAACAGCGUUGUUUCUGGACCAGCCUCAUUCGCACCAAAUUCAAACCUAGUAGGAUUAGUAGGCUUAAAUCAAGCAUCUCCUGCUGGAUAUCAACCUGCUUCAAAUUCACUCUCUUACAAUUUUGAAGGAAACGGAGUUGCUGGAGGAUAUCCUCUGUCCGGCAGUGUGGGAGGUAUCAACCAAUACAGCGGUUUCGGUUCAUUUUCACCCUCGCUGAGCUACGACAGUGGUCUAACAUCCAACAGUUUCCAAUCCGGUCUGAAUUUAAAUCUGGAAUCUAGAUCUGGCUCAGCUGAUGUAUCUGCCUCCGAAGCUACACCUGUAUCUAGCAGUUCCGCCAGCUACGUCAGUUCUACUGUAGCUUCUGUCAGUUCCGAAGAUGAGGAAGUAAAUACCGAAGCCGCCACUGUUGCCUCAGAAGAACCAGUACAAAACUAAAUAACUAUCUAGUGAAUUACAGUGACAGGUUGCUCAAGUAUUAAAUAAACGCUAUCUAAGUCAGCUAUUGAGACAUAAGUAAAUUAUUUUUUUUAAACGUGCUACUUUUUCUAUUUUUACUAUAACAUAGCUUUUAGACCGAAAGUUGCUAGUCUUUGUUAUAUCCGAAUACAAUGUACUUAGUUAAAAUGUAUUUUUAAAGUAAUUUAAAACUGCCAUAAUAAUUAUUUUAAUUUUAUAAUUUCUCACUGUGCAUUUUGUAAACGAUUUUCAGGAUAUACUGUAUACGUAAUGAUCCUAUUGAAUGUGAUUUUUAACUGUACGUGUGUAUAUAAAAAUUAAGAGAAUAAAUAGAAUGAAAACAAUAAAGCUGUUCGCAUAUUAUCUGAA